GAUUUCUGAAAGGCCCGUGAUAAGUUGAUGAGCUUCUGCCCCCCGCCGCGAUUCUCCUUUUAGGAUACGUCAUCUGUAUCCGGUGGGCCUCGGUAUCAAGCUACGUACGACUUGCCAAAGCUCCACACCUGGCUCAAACUGCGCUCUGAUCCGCUUGAAAUGAUUUGACGAGUGAAUGUCGUACAAACCGCGAAAACUUCAGCGCGUCUCCAAGGCCUGUGACUUUUGUAAUAGACGCAGCAUCAAAUGCAGCCAAAGUGAGAGCACUCCAGGUCGCUGUAAGAAUUGUGCGGACUUUGAUGUGCCCUGCACCUUUGACCGCCCGGCAAAACGCCGGGGCGUCAAGGCUGGCUCUCGGGCGAGCGCUCUCGAUACUCAGUCUGUGAUUGAAUCAGGCGAGCAUGUAAUCCCCGCACCAGCAGCAACUGGAAGUGAUGGAGGAGCUUCUGGCCCUUCGACGUCUCGCAGCUCCUACCGCUCAUCGAACUUCAGCGAUCCCUGGUCUACCUUUGAUCAUGGCUGGUCAGCAGCCGAGGGCAAUGAUGACUACAUGGCGCUCCACGAUUCUUGGAAAGCAUUUGCUAUUGCCUGUGACCGGCAAAUAAGAAUUCUAGUCCAGGUUUAUUUCGAAAUCGUCUAUCCAAUAUUUCCGUUUUUUCACAUGCCGUCGUUUGUAGAGCAGGUCAAUAACAAGGAGCACCUCCGCAACCAAGGGCUCUUUGCAUCUACGAUGGCUGUUUGCUCUUUGGCCUCCGGUCGUGCGCGUGACGGUGCGUUAUACUCUAAUCGGUGGCAUCGAGAAGACCUCAUAGAUCCGCCCUCUGAGGCUUUUUUUGAGGCUGCUAGAGACUCGAUUCCUCGGGACCUUGUCGCAGCCAAAGGUAUCCACUAUAUGCGCGCGUGUGCCAUACUUGCUAUCGCAAGCAUCCAAAACGGCCAGAUCAAAAAUAUGCAGAAGUAUUCUGGCUUAUGCCACACCUUGAUUUCGAUGGAUUGCUUAUAUGACGAAAAGUUCUGGCCAAAGGACUUAAAUCCGAUUGAGACAGAGGAGCGGCGGCGACUCUUUUGGUCUGUCUACACGCUAGAUAUAUAUUCAACUGUUGUGUGGGGAGGCGUCAUUCGAUAUCGUGAGGCCCAUUCCGCCGUGCGCUACCCCACCGAGGUAGAUGACGAAUUCAUCACCACCCACGGUUAUGGCGUGCCGUCUAUGCCACCAGGAUCGAAUCCUCUGUCGGCUAGCACCGUGACCGUCGUCUCCCGCCAACCUGUGCCCUGGCUACGUGGUUGGAACUUCACCACUGACCUUUACCGUUUUCUUGAAUAUGUGAUCGAUGGCAAUAGACGCCGCUUCUCUUCAGCUAACGGGAAAACACAAGUAUGGUCACUGUUCAGCCCAUUACCCAUGUCAGAGCCGGCGGUCAUGGAUCAAGUCCUUACUAUGUACUCCGCACUUCCAUCGCGAUUUCGGGAGACGCCGCCAACUACAGGAGACAUAUCUAAGGACUUAUUCGGGUUCCAGUCAGCCAAUAUUAUGGCGACGCUACAGCUCCUUCGGAUGAUGCUCUUGUCUGCUGAGGAAAUUGGAGUGGAGCGAAAAUGUGAUGUAGCGGGUGAAUUACUCAGAGCGUUUUCGAAUGUACCUGUCGAGUACCUAAAGGCGAUCAGCUCCCCUUUGCUCCAUCACCUUGGUGGCAUUGGCUGCAUCCUCGGCUCUGUCAUAGAAGGCAGUCUGUCGCAAGAAUCCUACGCACGAGUUCGCACAAUGCUGCUUGAAAUGGCAGGUCUCUUACAACGCCUCGAAACGGAUCUACAUCGGUCCUCCGGUGCCGGCGAACGACUGCGGAACCAGGUUGAUCGAAUAGACGGCUAUAUGCGUACCUCACUUGUGCUAGAUAUUCCUGUACUCAGUACCCCGAUGCCAGCAAAUCCCGAAACUGCUAUCCCAUCAGCGUAUACAUGGAGUACCCCGGCUGCCGGAACCACACCCAGUGCUGGGCUCGACCAGAUGUCGCAGUUUCAGCUGCCACCAGAACUGCUCACAGAUUGGCCAUGGCCGUUGAAUUCCUACAAUACAGAGGGAUUUCUGCCUUGGGGAUUCGAAUAGUUUCAUUUUUGGGUGAUAAGGUGAUCUGCAUAUAACGUGGUAUAUAUGGCCCUUGUAUUUAAUCUUUUACUCAUGCAAUAUUUGCCGCUUCAAGCUCGAUUGCAAAGUGAGCUUGGUGACGGACGUAGACACAAUGCGUCGUAAGUCAUUUCUAGUUUGUCUCCGUAGGUUUCAGUGAAUCUGACGGCAUCUUAUUUCGAUUGCUCACACUCCCUGAACGUGGUAGGAAAGAUCCUUAAAGUCUAGUUCGGACGACCGAUCUGAUGGUAUGCUUGAAUAAGGCUCGUAGAGCAAAAGAAAGAGAGG